UAAGGCUGCAUCCGGGAGGAGUACACUAUGGAUCUUGGAAAACGCUGUUUUAAAAAACCCUCCUCGCGGCUGCAAUUCUGCCUUUGCUGACAAAAUGCUGUGAGAGCAAAGCCAAGGGAGGUUUUGUUAUUGCGACCUGUCUUUGGAUCUUCCUUCCCGUUACCUGACCUUGCCGGAUGGAGACUUCAGAUGACCCACAGAUUAAACUCCUUCUGCAGCCUUGGGCUUCAGUUUGUUUUUCUGAGUCUACCAGAAUGAUGGCUAAGGCUUGGUUUUGUGAUUCUAGCUAUAUCUUGCUCCUCUCUGACCUCAGUAAUAUGUGGUAUGAAAGUGCAAAUACUGAAGUAAUACAACAGAGGUCAAAGGAGCUGAAUAAACGGCUAACUGCUCCUGUAGCCUCCAUUCUGAACUGCCUGCAGAACCUGUUAUCUCCUCUUUUGGAAGGGAAAGAGAACAGCUCCGUCUCCUUCUCCUGUCAGCUUAGCUCCGGCACACUUUUACUCCAUGUGAAGAGUGAACUUCUAGGAUUGCCCUUCUACUGGGAUUUUCACUGUGGGGCAGCACCUCUUGAGAUGAUGUCCCGCCAUCUUCUAAGGCCUCUCAUGGCAAUGAGUUUGGCCUUACACGGUCAGGUACAGGAGUUGGCAUCUUUGCUGCUCCAGAAGGAUGCAGAGAUUGAAGACUAUCGGGAGAGCGGAGCUACUCUCAGUCUAGAACGUCUAAAAACAGAACCCUUUAAAGAAGAAUCUUUCCUGCACACAUUUGAGAUUGAGACUUUGCCCCAAGCCUGCUGCCUGGGAGAUGGACGCUUGUUCACUUCUAACCUAAAAUCUCUCUAUGUGGCAGUGACCCAGCAACAAGCCAGAGCUGCUUGCAAACGGCACCGGGCAGAAUCAGAAGACUCUGGAUCCCUUAACCAUGCUGCUUCUCAGGACCCUACAGAAGAGCCGGUAGAUUUGCCAGCGGCAGAAGAACAGACAGAGACCCAGUUGUCAUCUGCACAGCAUGUGGAAGAAGCAGUGGUCCCAUCUUCCCAAGCCCAGAAAGCACAAAUGCCUGUUGUCAAGACUAAAAGGAAGAAGGCAAAAGGACUCUUUGGCUGAUACAACCCAUCACUUUACAAAGACAGGGGUGCUGAUGCAGUUUUGAACUUCCCUUUGUCUUCCUGGAACAUCUAGGGAAAAAAAAACCUGGACUUCAUAUUGAAGCUCACAAUUGUAUCCCUCUAUUCCUUUUGCCAUGUUACACAUGAUGGUUGGGAACAUCUCCCUCUGCACCAGAGCAUUGUUUUAAACCCCUGCUUAUUCUUUCCUGCUGCCCCAGUUUAGAAACAAUGGAUUAUUAGGUAGAAGGAAAGAAUCAGAACUGCACCCUCUAUUUUGCUUUAUUAAAAUGUGAAUAAAGUGCUUGGCAGUGAUUUCCAUAUAUGCACUCUGUAAUACACAGGCUAUCCUUAAAAGGUGCCUGUAAAAUUGCAAUUGGUGAAAAAUGUGUCAAUUUCUUUAUUUUAAUUGGUGCUCAGAAAAUUACAGAGUAUAUGACAGCCAGGCUGCUGACUGGCAUAAGGUUCAGAAAUUAUGAUUCCUGGUCUGUUUGCCAAUCCCCUACUGAAUACAAUUUAAAUAUGGGAGUUGAUCUUUAAAUGGCUAUUUCUGUGACUGCCUCUUCCCCUAUGAACCCGUUAGAUUACUGAAAAAAGUAGGGGGUGGAUUUGAAGAUGCUUCCCCCCCUCCCCUUCUAGAACUUAGCUAUCUUGCUAUGCAGAAUUCACUUCUUCCCUGAUGCUUCAAGGCUUUGGAUAAUUAUCUCAAGGUGAUGGUCAUGACCUCCCAUUCUCUCAGUAUUUAGGACAUGGCAAAAGAUACCUCUUUCACCAAGUUUGGAGUUGCUAAUUGAUUUUAAUUGUAAAUAGUUUUGUAUUGAUUUAACUGUUGCAUUUUACAUCUAUAUCUUGUCCUUGAAUGCAUAUGUAUGCGCUCUGUCUUAAAAUAAUGCAAAAUUUCAUGCCUAAGAAAAAUCUACCAUAACCCACUGUAAUGCAAACUUACUAUGGGAAUUGAUGGGACAUCUACUAAAAUAUAGCAAGCAACAAGAACAAGACUCAUAAAAGGUUCUAAUCAAAUUAUGCCAGAAAAUCUAGAGAACAGUGGUCAAGAUAUUGUUUCCUACUAUUAAUAGUCUGAAUGCUCUUCAGGUCUUCCUCAAUAGCAUGUUGAAUGUUAUCUAACCUGAGAGGCUAGUUUGGUCUAUUGGUAAGAGGACCAGGCUAGAAAGCAGGAAAUGGGUUCAAGUGCCAUCUUAGCUAUGGAAGCCAGCUGGGUGACUUUGGGCCUGUGUCUCUCUCUCAGCCCAACCCACCUCGUAGGAUUGUUGUUGUUGUUGUUGUGGAGGAAGAGGAAAAUGUUUUGGAUAGGUCAGUCCAAAAUUCCUCAACCUUUUUAGCUUUGUGAACCAGCGGGAGAAGGAGAAGGGAUGGUUCAGCGCAAGCAAAUGUUUGCCCACUGUUCAUGCGAAUGGAGAUGCGUGCACAUGCUCACCCACUUCUGCAGCCCAGUUCCAAAAGGCUCAAGGCCUGGUAGUGGGGCAUGGUCUGGGGGUUGGGGUCCCCUAUGUUAGUCAAUUUGAGUUAUUUGUAAAAAAUAAUAAAGGCAAAAUAUAAAUGAAUUUUUUAAAAAAUAUCCAGCACUGCUUUAUAUUUAUAUUUCUUUGUAUUGUCUGUCCACGUGGUUCUCUUAAUAAAAUACAGGAAUGGUUGCCUCUGCUUUCUCUCAUGCCA